CAGCGGAGAAUGGGUGCGAGUAAUCGCAAAGUCAAUGUUAUUUGGCUACUUUCAUUAGGCCUCUUUUCUCAUCUGCUCGCCAUCCCAAAAACCAACGACUAUUAUAAAAAUCCUACUUCUGAUAUUCCCCUGAUUCACUAUAUCAUACCCAUCACUUCUCCGAUACUCCAAAGGUUACUCUCUCUCUCUCUCAGCCCUCGCGAUCCUUCAUAGGAAGUAGCAGAUCUAGGGAUUUGAAGAGCUAGAUUUCGCCAUUUAUUUUAUUAUUUCCGCUUCUUGAUUCUCUCCUUCUGCAUAUUGUUAAUCGUUGCAGUUGAGCUGGUUUCCGUUUCAUUUUUUGUUGAAUCUCAGAUGAGCAGAAGAGAAUGAGGUAGAUCCGGAUCGGGGAGUGGCUGAUUUGGAGAAACUGUGAAGAUGAGUGAGAGCCAGAGGUUCCAGCUCGGGACCGUUGGGGCUUUGAGCUUGUCGGUGGUUUCUUCAGUGUCAAUCGUCAUUUGCAACAAGGCUCUUAUUAGCACUCUUGGCUUCACCUUUGCUACCACUUUGACUAGCUGGCAUCUUCUGGUUACUUUUUGUUCUCUUCACGUGGCAUUAUGGAUGAAGUUGUUUGAGCACAAGCCCUUUGAUGCUAGAGCUGUUAUGGGAUUUGGCAUACUGAAUGGCAUUUCUAUUGGACUUCUGAAUCUUAGCUUGGGUUUCAAUUCUGUAGGUUUCUAUCAGAUGACGAAACUGGCAAUCAUCCCCUGCACUGUCCUUUUGGAGACCCUCUUCUUUAGAAAGAAAUUCAGUAGGACUAUCCAGUUCUCACUUAGCAUCCUCCUCUUGGGUGUUGGGAUUGCUACUGUCACUGAUCUGCAAUUGAAUGCCCUGGGUUCAUUCUUAUCUCUGCUUGCUGUUAUUACAACCUGCAUUUCUCAGAUUAUGACCAACACCAUCCAGAAGAAGUUCAAGGUUUCUUCAACCCAACUCCUGUAUCAAUCUUGCCCCUAUCAAGCAAUAACAUUGUUUGUCUCUGGUCCAUUUCUGGAUGGGCUUUUGACCAACCAAAAUGUUUUUGCUUUCAAAUAUACUCCUCAAGUGUUGGCCUUCAUUGUCCUAUCAUGCCUAAUAUCUGUAUCUGUAAACUUCAGUACAUUUCUUGUAAUUGGAAAGACAUCUCCCGUCACCUAUCAGGUCCUAGGCCAUCUAAAAACAUGCCUAGUUUUGGCCUUUGGUUAUGUUCUACUACACGAUCCCUUUAGCUGGCGCAACAUUUUAGGUAUCUUGAUAGCUUUAGUGGGGAUGAUACUCUAUUCUUAUUAUUGCACUAUUGAGACCCAGCAAAAGGCUAAUGAAGCAUCCACCCAGUUGGCGCAGGCAAAGGAAAGCGAGACCGAUCCUUUAAUUAGUGUGGAAAAUGGAGGUGGGAUCUUAGCUGACGGAGCUGUUCCAAAAGGCCCUGCCUGGAGUUCAAACAAAGAUCUACAUGCCUGAAGCGCUGGCCUCCUUAAAUGUCCAAUAGUUCAUUUUCCACAGAUGAAAAUUACCAAACAGAGCUGCUCCAGCGAUGAAGACAUCGCUGCCCGGGUCUCCAUGUAUGGCACAUCACAGAUUUUAAGCUUGUUUUCCUAGAUUACAGCUUCUAGAAUAGAAUUAAGUAGUUUUUCUUUUUUAAAGAGGUGAAGGAGAAUGCCUUUUUUAUGUAUCAGUUUUGGGUUUUAUUAGUUUUGUAUGAAUUAGUGGUGCGGAUAUGGAUGGAUGUCAAAUUGGGAAUCCGUAUUUAAUUUGUCGGCGUGGUGUACUGUUACUCCUAAAUGUAAUGAGAACUCUGUGAAGCUGAAGCUGCUCAUCCCCCUCAUAUUUAUUUUUAUGAAGAUGAACAAGAUUGCAAAAA